AUGGCUGAAUCGGCGGCCCAGCAACAGCUGCCGUUGGAAGGCGGCAAGACUCUCACGCCGGACGCCAUCGCCGCCAUCCUUUCGUCCGCUUCGGCGUGGGCCGACCCAGGGUCCGAGGACCAGGGCCGCGCUCACAGGACCACACUGCUGGGCGACGUGCUCUUCACUGCGCAGCAGCUAUGGAACGGGGGUAGUCAAGAGAUUGACGCUGUUGCGGAGAAGCUAGGCGAUGGAAGCAGAGAUGCAUCAUGGAGGCUGCCUUUGGGAGACUCGGGCAUCGUGGACUUCUUCCUCUCUGUUAUUUCCACAGAGAACCUCAGGCCGGCGCUGAAGAAGCACUCUCUUCGUCUACUUGGCAACUCAUGUGCCGACACGGAUGAGAACCGCGCCAGGUUCGUAGCAUCAAACGCAAUCACCGCCGUCAUCAGCUUCCUCGCCGACGACGCCGCCCUCCCCUUUGCCGUGCCAGUCCUCUACAACAUCCUCGUCGACUACGAGCCCGCCCAAAUCCAAGCAAGCUCUUCCUCCCUCACCCUCCACCUCGUCAACCUCCUCACCAGUCCACGGCUCGCACAUGCGCCGCAUCUCAUGGGCAUCAUUGGCAAGAUCCUCGCCUUGCUCGCCACGCACGAAACCGAGGCCAACUUUGCGCCCCCGCAAACACCAGCCAUCCUGCUCACACUUGCCCUGACGCCCACGACCGACGCCGAGGACUUUGUCUCCCUGACGGCCGUCGCCCUGGCCUACCUCACCCACGCACCCAUCCAAGCCGCCCUCAUCGCAACCGGCUCCGUCCCCGUCCUCCUAGCCACCUUCUACCACCUCCAAACCCAGCUCGACGCCCUCCGGGUAGAAGACGAAGACGCCGCCGUCCUCCUAAAGUCCCUCCCCCAGUCCUUUGUCCAGAUCCUCGCCGACAUCUCCUACGCAGAAGACUUCACCCUCCACCACCCCAUCGGCUCCCCCGUCCUCGACACCCUCCAGUCCUGGCUCUCCCUCCCCAACAUCCACCUCCAAUCAGCCGCCUGCCUCUGCCUGGGCAACAUCGCCCGCUCAGACGAGGCCUCCUUCGCCCUCGUCAAAAACAACGCCGUCCACCUCCCCCUCAUCGCCCUCCUCAAGCACUCCUCCGACUCGAUGCUCCUCCACUCCGCCCUCGCCUUUCUCAAAAACCUCGCCAUCCCCUCUCAAAACAAGCCCGUCCUCGGCGACGCGGGCCUCUUUGACCAGGACAUCCUCCCCCGCAUCUGGUCCCUCGACGUGAAUCCCCAAGUCCAGUUCACCGCCGUCUCCCUCACCCGCCUCCUCCUCGUCAACACGCCCACCAACGUCCGCCGCCUCUGCGCGCCCCUCAACCCCGACCCCCUCGCCCCCGCCCACGAGACGACCAACCUCCACCGCCUCCUCGACAUCUUUUCCCGCGUCGACGCAGAGCACACCAAAACCGAAGCCGCCCGCGCCGCCGCCGCCGUCUGCCGCGUCCUCCACACCGCGCCCAUUCCCCCCAUCCUGCCCGACUGGGACCCCUCAGAAGACGGCUACGUCUUUCGCCCCGAAAAGCCCCUGUCCCCGACGGCCGUGGCCGAGGCCGAGGGCGACGGCGGCGCAAAGCGUCGCGAAACGUUUUACCGCCAGCACCCCGGACUCAACAAAGCCCUCGCGUUCCUCGUCACGCAGACGCGGUUCCCCGUGCUGCGGAGCGAGGCCUGGUUCGUCUUCGCGCUCAUGUGUCGCGCCAAGGACGGCGCCGAUGUGGUUAUUCGCGCGCUGCAGGUCCCGGGCGCGUUUGAGGCGUUGACGGAGGCGAUUACCGGACGGACCUUUUCGGGCGAGGAGAAUCCGGAGCAGAAGGCUUUGGAGGCGCCGCUGCCGGCGAGCGAUGGACAAGCGGUGGUUGUCGGUGGUGGAGAAGGAGGAGGAGGCAACGCCGCACUGGUGGAUGGGCUUGGGUUGGAGCCGCAGCAGGCGGAUCCGUCACAGGCGGCGGGCAUGAAAAAGGUGAAUCGGGAGAAUGGGCUGGUCAUGGUUUCGGAGCUGGUGAGGAGGCACGCGGAUGAGUUGCCGGCCGUCAGGCGGGCUGCGUUUGAGGAAAUGUUGAAGGAGGGUGGCGAGCUGAUUGCUGAUGAAAAGGGAAAGGGUAAGGCAUAG